AACAUGGCGGGAGGAGACCAAACAGAGUCGCUAACCAGCUCCUCCAAGGCCACAAAGACCGUGGCGGACAAGACCUUGAAAGGCUUCGGCAACCUCAUCCGCGUCCUCCCCAGCGGCACUGUCUUCAUCUACCAGUUCCUCAACCCGCUCCUCACCAACAAGGGCGAUUGCCACGUCGUUAAUAAGUACCUCACCGGCGCCCUCCUGUGCUUCUGCGGCUUCUUCUGCUGCUUCUCCUCGUUCACCGACAGCUACACCGGGAGCGACGGGAAGCUUCACUACGGCGUCGCCACCAAAGACGGCCUCUGGCCGUUCUCCGACGAGAGCUCCGGCUCCGUCGACCUCUCCAAGUACAAGCUCCGCUUCGGGGACUUCGUGCACGCGUUUUUCGCGCUGGUGGUGUUCGCAGCGAUCUCUCUGUUGGACUCCAACUCCGUCUCCUGCUUCUACCCCUCCUUCGGGUCCCAGCAGAAGGUGGUGCUGAUGGUGUUACCUCCGGUGCUGGGCGCCAUAGCGAGCUCGGUGUUCAUGGUGUUCCCCAACACUCGCCACGGCAUCGGCUACCCUCCCUCGGAGACCACGUCGGAUUCCUCCUAAGAGCGAUGGGUUAUGUGCUGCUUCGUGCUAACAUCGUAACGCGCAAGGACGUGAGAAACUAUGCAUGCAGUUCUCUGCUCUAUAUGUUCAGCUCAUUUCAGUAAAACGAAUCAACUCACGAGUUACCAGUAACAGUUGAUGAUUCA